GUUUUAUUUUGUCGUACGGAUUGUUUCUUUUUUGUGAGAGCUCGUCGGAAAAAAGCAAUUUUGCUUUUGCCUUUUGUAAAAAAAAGGAAAAAGUUCGUAAAACGCGAAAGAACCGGUCGAAAGUAAACGCGAAGCGGAAUCAACAAAAAAAAGAUUGUAUUCAAAAUGGUUGCCGAAAUUUCUGAAUCUUCUGUUACCAUUGCUGCUGCCGAUCAGUGCGUGGACAUGAAGGAGGAGCUGCCGGCAGGCAACUACAUCCUGGUUGGCGUUGAUAUAGACACCACUGGACGUCGUCUGAUUGAUGAGAUUGUCCAGUUGGCUGCCUACACUCCAAAGGACAACUUUCAGCAGUACAUCAUGCCGUAUAUGAAUCUGAAUCCAGCCGCUCGUCAGCGUCAUCAAAUUCGUGUUAUUUCGAUCGGUUUUUAUCGCAUGCUGAAGUCGAUGCAGACCUACAAGAUAAUCAAAUCUAAGUCGGAGGUCGCUGCCCUCAUGGACUUUCUCAACUGGCUUGAGAUGCUGGUCUCCAAACAGGCCAACACAGAUGGCAUCGUAAUGCUAUAUCACGAGGAGCGUAAAUUUAUACCAUACAUGAUAUUGGAGGCGGUCAAGAAGUACGGUCUGAUUGAUAGAUUCAAUCGGACGGUCAAGUCUUUUGCCAACACUUUCAAUAUGGCCAAGGCCUCCCUUGGCGAUACUAAUAUCAAGAACUGUGGUCUACGCAAGCUUUCGAUGCUCUUGGCCAAGCCCAAGGAUGACAUUUCCAACAAGGAGAAUGAACCCGAGAAUGUCAAGAGGAACGGCAGCAGCAACGAUAAAGGCCCCAAGAAUGGAUUAAAUCACGAGCAGGACUGUUUUGAGGGGAGCGCCAAUGUGCGGGCCAAAAUGGUCUACAACGUGGCCCUGCAGUUGAGCAACUCUGAAAGCAAAUCCGAGCCAGAGACUUCGGAUGAGGUGGCUAACCUUUUCAAUGCCGUGAAACCAUUUGCCCAACUUGUCAGCUCAGACGUCAUGGAGCUGCAAACCCAGAACGAGAACCUGGGGCGCCAAAACUCAUUCCGUCCGGUCUUCUUGAACUAUUUCCGCACCACACUGUACCAUCGUGUGCGUGCCGUGAAGUUUCGCAUUGUGCUGGCCGAAAAUGGCUUUACUUUGGAUUCCCUAAAAGCUAUUUGGACCGAGAAGCGCAAGGAGGGCUUGGAACUGGUUCUGACAGCGAUUUCUACUCUGAAGCCCGAGGAAAAGACUGAGCUGCUGGAUCUUCUGGACAGCUUCUACGACCCCAGCAAGGCGACCAUCAAGCCGAGUUUCAAGCCCAAUGGCACUCGUCGUCGCACUCGGGCCAACGGUGCAGCAUCAUCGAAGAAUGGAGCCAUGAGCUCCCGCUCUACCAGCGCCGAAUUUGGUGCAGGUGGCGACAAGUCCCAGAGUCAAUCAUCUGUGCCCGACUCCACCACCAAGUCGCCCUCGCCCAGCAAGACGGUAGGACGUUCUCAUCGCAAACGCAACAACACUCGCAACAGCUUUGCCAAUGCCAAGGGACCCAAGAAGGCUGACCAACUCGCAUCAAAUACGGAAUUGAACACAUCGGCCCCGGAAUCUGUACCCGUGGACAACGCAAUGCCCACACAGCUGCCGCCAAUGGCGCUGCCCACACAAGUGGCCAUUGCGGCCACCAACUAAAGCUCCAAGGAGAGGGGAAACAGUGCAAUUUUUCAGUAUUAUUGUUGGAUUCUUAUCAAGCAUAUCGAAUUUGCAGCCACUAAAAGAAACAGACACUGAAAGCCCCACAAAAGGACGAAGUAUGGAGAAAGAAAUAUUAACACUGCGAACUUUUCCCCUUUCAAGGCCCCAAACACAGAUUAGAAACAAUGUCAAAAUUUUAAGUGUAUACACAAAUUUACAAUGCAAAUCUACAUAGUACGCAUAUAUGUGAGCGCGUGGCCCGUAAAGACUAUAUGAAGACUGAAUGUUGUACAAAACACUCGCAGCCAGCCCGGAGCUUGCUGGCUGUCGAGAAGUGCUUAAUCGAGACGUUUUAAAACUAUUAUUGUAACUUGGAUGGUGCGCCCAGGUCCCAAGCGAGGUGCGCUGUGCUACGCUACCACACACGAAAAUCAAAUAUCGACACAUUGGAGCACGUAACUUCGUAAUGAAUUCGUAAUUACGAAUAGAGCGUACAAAUCGUUGCGUUUAGGCAUAGUUUUCCAAAAAUACGAUAUACAACUGCACUGUACUGUCGAAGGGCUAUUGGAAAAAUAUGUUCCUAAUAAACGCCUCGAUUAAAAUUUUGCAUUGGGCAGGUCGACAUAAACACACUAAUAAUUAAGCAAACCCGUAUCAGGUCCCUGGCCCAAUGUUUAAAAUUCCACUUAAAAGCCUAAGUACACACAAAAAAAACCAACACAAACCCUUCUGUAUUCACACACAAACAAUGAAAUCAAUUAAGAAUGAAGCGAGAAGAAACUAAAAGCUCAAAUCACCUGUAAAAUGUCAAAUACAUUACUAAUAUCAUGGUAUAUUUCAUUUGUAUGAAUAAACGAUUAUAGUGUAACGAUA